AUGUCUUUAUUUGAAGGCGGUGAUAGACGUCGUUAUAAUCUACCUUCACAUGAUGAAGUUGCAGUUGUAUUUGUUGGCGAAGAUGGUGCUCCCCCAACUUCCAGGAAAGUUGUUAUUUACCCAAGAGGUCAUCCUUUAAAAAUUGUAUCAAGCAAAGUUGUAACGCAUGUUCAGGUUAUUGAGUUUCAAAAGUGUGGUUUGCCGCAUUCCCACAUUUUACUUCAUUUAGCAAAUGAUGAUAAACUUGAAUCAUCACAGGAUAUCGAUAAUUUGAUUUGUGCAGAAAUUCCAGAUCCGAUAGUUAAUUGUGAACUUUAUGAUAUUAUCAAAACUUGCAUGAUUCACGGCCCAUGUGGGAUACUGAAUCCAAAUUCUCCCUGCAUGAAUGAUGGGGUGUGCAGCAAAAAACAUCCUAAUGAUUUUAAUGCCAACACAGUAGCUGUUCACAAUGGUUAUCCGCGCUAUAGGCGUCGUGAUAAUGGGUUGGUUAUCAAUAUUAAAGGCAACAAUGUAGAUAACAGUUGGGUGGUACCUUAUAAUCGUUGGUUAUCAAAGAAAUAUCAAGCCCACAUUAAUGUUGAAGCUUGCAUGUCUGUAAAGGCUGUUAAAUAUUUGUAUAAAUACAUAUACAAAGGGCAUGAUUGUGCGAAUGUUUUGAUAAAUGAACAGGUUAAUCACGAUGAAAUAAACACUUUCUUAGAUUGUCGUUAUGUUAGUGCACCUGAGGCGCUGUGGCGAAUAUUUGAGUAUCCCAUAAGUCAUAUGUCACACUCUAUUAUCCGUCUUAAGGUUCAUCUUCCUGAGAAUCAGAUUGUGUAUUUUAGAGAAGGAGAAGAAAAAGUGGCGUUAGAUCGUGCUGCUCAACGUGAUACACACAUUACGGCCUGGUUUAAAUUGAAAUCUGAAAAUGAAGGAGCCAAUCGCUAUUCAUAUGUUGACAUUCCAUAUCACUUUGUAUUUGAUGAUAAACAUUGUAAAUGGAAGGUUAGACAAAGAGGUGGAAAUAAGGUGAUAGUAAGAAUGUAUAAAGUUAGUCCAACAGGAGAAUUAUUUUUUCUUAGUUUGUUACUUUUACAAGCAAAAGGAGCAACAUCUUGGGAGGAUUUGCGUACUGUUAAUGGAAUAGUUAUUGAAACCUUACGUGAAGCGUGUGUUUUUAAUGGUUUGUUGCAAGAUGACACUGAAUGGCAGAAUACUCUUUCUGAGGCAGUUUUAACGCGAAUGCCCAAGCAAAUCAGGCAGCUGUUUUUAAUUAUUUUAACCUUUUGUGAACCUGAUGACCCUUUGCAUCUUUGGAAUUCAUACAAAGCUUUUAUGAUGGAGGAUUUCAUUCAUCGCCAAGUUCCAUUUACAUUAGCUGAACAAGCUACUCUUCUUCAAAUCGAAAAGAUUAUUAAUCAAAGUGGUAAAACGCUAUCUGAUUAUAAUUUGCCUGUCAUUCUUUUUGGCGUUGACUUUAGGCAAAUUUUGCCUGUUGUGAAAAGAGGGAGAUUAGCUAAAUUGUAUAUAGGUUUACGUUAUGUUGUUUCCAUGUUUUCAAAGUGGUGUGACUUGGCAAAAUGUUAA